GUGAUGGUGACGGGCCGCCCUCCCCUCCCAGUGUUUUGGUUGACUUGGAAACCGUCGGAGCGUUGUUGGUGAACCAACUUAAAACCACUACAUGCCAGAAUGAGCGACAUUAUGGUGCUCGAAGAUGCCAGCAGGUGAAAGUGAAGACCGGGCAAGGACCCGAGAAAGAUUCAAUGAAGUGUUCACGAAAUACACUGAGUUAGAGAAGAAAAGAUUAAAGAAGAAACGCCAUGAAACACAGGAGACCAUUGUGCUUCAGAAUCGCAACCCUGACAAGGACAUAGAAAAUGAUGAGGUGACCAUUCUCCAAAAUAUACGUGACCAUGAACAGAGCAGCCCUGGCUACAUCAAAAGUAAAGAGAGAGAGAGGAAAAUAGCAGAAAAGGCGAAUAUUAAUGGUGGAAACCAAGAGGAGAUUCAAGCAUCAAAAGGCAAAAAGAAGAAUAAGAGGGAGCUUCCCCCCCUCCCUGUACCUAAGGAAAACACAAGUUUUAUUCAGAAGGAUGCAGCUGUUCCCAAGUCUGAGAUUGCUGUGAAGCCCGGUGAUGUUGGUGGUGGAGGGGAUUCAAAGAGAAAAACUACGAAGGGGAAAAGCAAAGGAGAUACAGAGGCCAAAGCAGAGAGACAGGUGGAGGACACUGACGACACACUGCUUCAUGAAUACCAGCAGCAGAUAGCACAUGAGGAAGCGAGGACUUUAAAGAAGACAAAGGUCAAGACAGAAGAAGAGAGUGUUGUUACCCAAAAUGUUGCACUGACUAAUGAUGCUGUGAGGAAGAAAAAGAAGAAGCUAAAAUCUGUUGUUACAGAGUCUGAUGUUGGGGAUCAAGAUGAAGGUGCAGACCAGGAUGCUGAUGUGGAAAACAAAACAGCAAUGAAGAAAAAGAAAAAGAAAAAACACAUUGUCAAGGAAGAGAGUGAAGCAGAGGCAGAAGCACCACCAACAUUUGAUGACAGCCUUGUGCUGGGAGUGUAUAUCCACAGAGCGGAUCUCCUCAAAGCGAACAUGCUUAUCUCACACCCAAUGGUGAAGGUCCAUGUUGUAGAUGAAAUCACCGGGCAGUAUGUGAAGAAAGAAAACUGCCAUCGGCCCGUGUCCUCAUUUUAUGAGCAGGAGAAUGUUGACCACAUUCUUCCCAUCAUGACUCAACCGUUUGAUUUCAAAAAGAACAAGUCAGUCAUCCCAGAGUGGGAGGAACAGAUUAUCUUCAACGAGCGUUUUGGUUACUUUGUUCAACAAGAUGAUGAAAGCCCCAGAGUCAUACUCUUCUUUGAAAUCCUGGACUUCAUAACCAUGGAAGAAGCAAGAGCCAAAGCUGAUGUUGACAAGCAUGAGCAAGGAUUUAGAAAGAUUGCAUGGGCAUUCCUCAAGCUUGUUGGCACAAAUGGUGUGCUGAAUAUUGAUAGUAAACUUCGGCUCCAGCUCUUCUGCCCUCUGCCUCGUGCAAAGAGACAACCCAAAACAACAGAGGUGGUUGAGUGGUGGAGGAAAUACCCGCGACACAAAUAUGCAGCCACUCUUUAUGUUACGGUGAAAGGCAUUAAACUCCCUGAUCAAGUGGACCCUAGUAUCCGGUCCAUGAUGGCACUGCAGGAGGAGAGAGGCAGCACCUCCUACACUGACCUGCAGAGCGAGGUGACCAAGAGGAGUCUGACACAACAUCCAGACAGCAAGCCACCAGUCUUGAGGUGGAGCAGGCUGCCUGGUCAGGUCUGUCGGAUUCCUAACAAGCCCAUAUUGGCGUUUCGUGGUGGUCAGAUGGGCUGUUACACAGUGCUUUUCUCUCAUGCUGGGAUGAUACUGGCUGCUGCUUGUGCUGACAGAGAUGCGUUCCCUGUUGUAGUAUACGAGAUUCCCUCUGGCAAGGUUUUGACAGCCUUCAGUGGUCAUCUCAAAAUUGUCUAUGAUCUCUGCUGGUCCAGAGAUGAUCGGAGCCUUUUGUCUGCCUCCUCCGAUGGCACUGUCAGAGAGUGGAAUGUGGACAGGCUUCUGGGAACGGCCCAGAAGGUACUACCUCAUCCAUGUUUUGUGUACUGUGCUCAGUACCACCCCAGCGCCCAGAACCUGGUGGUGACCGGGGGCUACGAUUCUCUGGUACGAGUGUGGAGGCUUGAUGUCGAUGAUGUGAAUGGCCAGCUGCUGCAGGAUUUUGAGGGUCACAGCGGUUUCAUCAACACAGUGUGUUUUGACUCUGAAGGAAGGAGAAUGUUCUCUGCGGACAACACAGGCCUAAUCAUUGUAUGGAAAACCUCAGUGACCGACAGCAGGCGGCAGCAGCAGCCAUGUCAUCACUGGUGUAUAGAGAAGAAAAUUGAUGAGAGUGACCUCAGGGGCAUUCCCAUCAACAUGCUGCGGCUCCAUCCCAACAAUCGGUGCCUGCUCAUCCAUGCCAAAGACAGCGUCCUGAGGAUGAUGGACUUAAGAAUUCUGGCUGUAAAGAAGUACACGGGAGCCACAAACUACAGAGAGAGGAUUUACAGCACUUUCACACCAUGUGGAAACUUCAUCUUUUCUGGUAGUGAGGAUGGGAUGGCGUAUGUCUGGAAUACUGACACGGGUGAUCAGGUUGCGGUGUACUCUGAGCUUUGUUACCCCACUGCUCUCCAUGGUGUGUCAUUCCACCCUCAUGAGAACAUGGUUGCUUUCUGCACCUUCGGUCAGAGCCAGCCUGUCCACGUGUACCUGUACGACCACAAAGUUUCUCAGCUGGAAGUGCACAGUAUAAAAGCAGCGAGCACAUCAGCUUCUGCAGACACCAAAACUGGGGGAAACACACCCAACCCCUUUGUGUUACAGGAUACAUCUUCUGUAUUAACCAUGGAUCAGUUUGCCCAAACAACAAGACUCGCACUGAAAAUGCAGCGUGUAAAGCAGCAGCUGGAUUCAGUACUUGAACCGCAUCAAAGGUCUUCUGGAUGCAUUUAUGAACAAGACAAAAUGGGCAAUAUUCACACAGGAAGGAGCUUGACAUCAGAUGCUGGCACAGUGGCAUUAAAUUCGUCAUUACCACCUCCAUCUCUCCUGUCGCCGCACUCCAGGCUGCAGCUCUCUGGUUCUCUGGCGGAGCAGCUUAUUUCCCAGGCUGCUCUGAGCAACCAAGACCGCAGGUUCACUCCAGUUGGUCACCAUGUAAAAGGAGCUUCAUCUUUCAGGCUCCAGACAUUUCCUGACCACAUUUCUUCAGGCGUUCAUGUGGAAACAGGUUCUGCUCCUCUUCAACAAGUAGUUGUCUCACUUUAUGACUACAGAGCUAAUCGGUCUGAUGAACUGACCAUACGUCGUGGUGAUGUCAUCCAAGUGCUGUACAAAGACAAUGACAGCUGGUGGUUUGGACGCCUGGUCAACGGGCAGCAGGGAUAUUUUCUUGCUUCUUACGUAGUAGAUCAGAAUUUCAGUGAAGAGGUGACUCAGUCCAGAGAGGUGCACACAGCCUUGUCCGAGGACACUGUGGAGAGAUCUACACCAACCAGGGUAUCUGCUGCAGUUAGUUCUUCUGGGGAACUUAGGUUUCUUUCCGAGCCAACACUUUCCGACACAGAACCUGAGUUGACUGUUGCCAAAACUACAAGAAAAAAGAAAGUGAAGAGGCCAGGAGUCCCCACAUUGUCAUCUCAGGCUCCUCUUUCAGAUGCUCCAGGGUCGAGCAGUAGCGGGAGAGGCAGAUCAACAAACAGGCCCCUCCCAAAGAGACCAACAGGCCAAACCAACAGUGCCUUUGAGCCUGAUCCAUAAACGCUUAGACACAUAAUUGGUUUUCCGCUCAAGUGCUUUCAUCUAAUUCUUUUUCAUAAAAAACAUUUUUGUAAUGAAAACAAACUUUUCAAGUGUGCUGCAUUUUUACUAUUCUUUAGUUUUUUUUAUUAUUUGAAAAUUGUUUAUAUUGUACUUAAUGCAGAUUGAUCAAUGAAAU